AUGAACAGUAUUUCAAUAAGAUCAGCGGCAGUAUAUUCAUCUUUAAUUUUAAAUUUAUUAUUAAUUGUUGGCAGCAAUACAAUGAAAAAAAAGCCAACAACACAAGGAUGCCCUUUUUGUGAUUACCCAAAUGAUAAAAUUAUUUUUCAAAAUGUUAUCGUUUUUAAUGAUAGAACUCCAAAAGCAACUGUUCAUUAUUUGAUUUGCCCAAGAGAACAUAUUGUUUCAAUUAAAACUUUAACUCAAAAAGAUAUUCCUGUUUUGGUCGAGAUGAAACAAGUGGCUGAUCAAUUAAUUGCAGAGAAGUUCCCAGGGCAGAGUGGGAUUGUAUUAGGGUUCCAUUCACCUCCAUUUUACAGUGUAAAACAUUUACAUCUUCAUCUUUUAGUCCCACCAUUUACACCAAAAUUUAAAAAACAUUCAUACGCUCCUCAUUUUGGUGGAUUGUGGUUUAAAGAUGUAAACACUGUUAUAAAUGAAUUAUAUAAUUCUGUUGCUUAA